AUGGCUCCUCAUAAAGCGGCUUACAUUCCGUCCAAAAAGGCGCGUUUGGAAAUUGGCACAGCCGAGUAUACUCACCCCCGCGAAAAUCAGAUCGUGGUCAAGACCGCUGCGGUCGCUGUCAAUCCCUUGGACUGGGUCAAGCAGGACGUCGGUGAUGUCUUCUCGUCAUGGAUCAAAUAUCCUUUCAUUAUGGGAAGCGAUUUAGCUGGAGAAGUCUUCGAGGUCGGUCCCGGCGUUACGCGAUUCAAAGUUGGUGACCGGGUUGUCGGCCAUGCCGUGGGCAUGGAUGAGCGAAGUAAUAAAUCCUCUGAGGGGGCUUUUCAGGAGUACACCGUUAUUCGAACAAACCUUGCAUGUCCAAUCCCUGAUAGUCUUACGUAUGAGGCCGCGUGUGUACUGCCCUUAGGCUUGUCGACGGCUUCGUGCGGUCUGUUUAUGAAAGAUUACCUGGCUCUUCGAUACCCAACCAUUGCGCCACCAUCAGGUAGUUCUAAUUCAAAACCGGUGUCCAAAAAGGAGACUCUUCUUGUCUGGGGUGGUUCUACGAGCGUGGGCUGCAAUGCCAUUCAGUUAGCGACAGCUGCAGGAUACGAUGUCAUCACGACCGCCUCGUCACACAAUCACGAGUAUCUCAAGAAACUCGGCGCUAUUGCGGUAUAUGACUACAAAAGCCCAACAGUGAUCGCCGAUAUUACAGCUGCUUUUAAAGACAGAUUAUCAGUCGGGGCCAUUGCGAUUGGACAGAAAUCUGUGGGUUUCUGUAUUGAUAUUCUUUCUAAGUGCCAAGGGCGGAAAUUUAUCGCGCAAGCUAGCUUCGACUGGCCUCCUAGCGGGUUUCCACAGGGUGCUCUUGAUUGGCCUGCCUUUUCUAUGCGUAUGGGAACUUCUAUGAUGUCUCUUAAAGCAAAGUCAGCGCUGAAACGCGUGCAAGCCAAGUUUAUCUGGGGUACCGAUAAUAUGGCCAAUGAGGUUGGCAAGGCCAUCUAUGAGGAUUUUCUUCCGCAAGCUCUGCGCGAUGGUCGAUUUAUCGCCGCACCGGAGCCGCUUGUUGUUGGUAAAGGGUUGGAGCAUAUUCAAGAGGCUAUGGAUAUUAACAAAAAGGGUGUUUCUGCGAAGAAAGUCGUUGUUGCCAUCUAA